AUGGCUACCCUCGCUGAGCAUCCGAUGCAAGCGACCCAGUCGCCCAUGCCGACCAUGAACGCCGCUUAUGAUCAUGACCUCGACUCCUUCAUCAAUUUCGACCAACUCGCCUACACAUCCGCCGAUCCCGCCCGCCCGAAGGUCGCCCUCGCCAGCCAGCCUUCGGUCGCAAGUACCGACUUCGGCUCCAGCGAUGCCCGCAGUGCCAGCUUCGCCUCUAGCGGUCAGUCCCCCAUGGCUUUCCAAGCGCCUAGCCACCACUACGAAGAGCACCGCCAGCAGACGGGUCUGCCCCCUGGGGCACUGUCUAUGACCUACAAUCAGGUCAACCCCAUGGGCUUCGGCAACGCCAACCAAGGGUACGGGAUGAACGGCGAGAUGUUCCCGACACACAUGAAGCGCGAAGAUGCCCCCUUCGACUUCAACACCGCUCCUACCCGCAAUCCUUCCGAAAUGGACAUCGAGUCCGACGGCAUGAACAACACCCCUUACUACGUACCGACGAACCAGAACAAGAACCAAUUUGUCGACCCCAACGCGCUCGGAGGCCAUGAGCUGGCUCAGGCCGGUCCGUCCACGCAGGUCGGCCGCAUGUACCCUGGUAUGCAUCAGCAGCAGGCUGCGAUGGCCAAGGCGGCGGCUCAGCAACAGAAGCAGCACGAGAUGAUGCGCCAGCAGGUGCAGCAGCGUCGCGUGGAAGAGAGCCCCGGUGCUACCCCUAACCGCGUUUCCCGUCAGCCCGAUCCUGUCGUUGAAGAGCGUAUCUCUCGUCUGCUUCAGCAGAUGCGUCAAAAUGCCGUCGCCAAUGGCGAGGCCUCCCCGACUCCAUCUUCCGUUAUGCCUCACAUGGCAAAGUCGAAGAAGGAUGAGGCCGACAUGGACGAGGAUGAGCGUCUUCUGGCUAGUGAGGAGGGCAAGAAGCUCAGCAGCAAGGAGCGUCGCCAGCUGCGGAACAAGGUGUCCGCCCGUGCAUUCCGCUCCCGUCGCAAGGAGUAUAUUGGUCAACUUGAGAGCGAAAUUGCCGCCCGCACCAACGAGGCUCACGACUUGCGCAUGCAAAACCGCGCUCUCUUUGAGGAGAACGCCCGUCUCAACGACCUGGCUCGCAUGCUCCUGGCCUCCCCCCACUUCUCCAACUUCCUGCAAGAGAUGCCCGACAGCGUCGGCUCCCAGGUCCAGGCUCCCCAGCAGCAGGCCCAGCAGGCUCCCCAGCCCCAGCAACCUGCUGUGCCCAAGGAAACCAGCGCUCCUCGUCCCCAGGAAUUCCAGAUGCAGCAGAACCCCCAGGUCAUGAUGGUCCCCAACCAGGGCAUGGAUGCCUCGAUGAUGAACAACGGUGGCUGGAACUCUGGUAUUGACAUGAACUAUGGUAACACUCCCGUCUUCGCUGUGCUCGACGUUCCCGAGGGCCCGGCACUUGACGUUGAGGUUCUGUCUGGCAAGUCGUAUUCGCCGAUCGAGAUUACUGAGAGCUCGAAGAACGAGGCCCCCGUCCUCGACCGCCCGGAGAGCGAGGAGCCGGUCCAACAAUCGGACAUCGGUGUUGCCAACCCCGAUGUUGAGAUUGACGAGUCCGACCCUGCCUUUGCUCUCUUUGUUGAUUCUCCUGCCCCUUCUGCUUCUUCCGAUGUUCCUGCUUUCGAUGGUGUUCAAUCCGAGAAGGCUUCCCAAUACGAGCUGGUCGUUGACCCCUCCGAGGUCAGCGCAUCGGCCAAGAGUCGGUUCAACCAACUCUGCGCUACCAAGUUGGCUUCCCUACAAGCCCGCGGUACACUUUUUACCGCGGCUCUUCGCGCAGGCUCUCGCACGCUUCCCCAGACUGCCAUCGCCUCAAUCGAUCGCGCCGCCGCAUUUCGCAGCGUCACGCAUCCCCAAGCGCCUGGACGACCAGCCACUGGACUCAGCCUUCUAUCUCGCGCUCGAUCGUCGAAACUCAGAAAGAAGCAACCGGCCGCGCCCCGUCCCGCACCUCUACGAGCCCGACAGCAGAAACUCGAAGCGGAGAGGCAGAAAGUCAAGCAGGAGAAGGAACACAUCGCCCCAGACACGGUCGUGCUCAAUACUACCCGAGCUAGUCGUUCGGAACUAGUCCUUGCCAGAAAAUCACUUCUCGAGCGCGCGGAAGAAUCGUCUUGCUUCUGGUCGCACCCAAUGAAGUUCCACUGGCAGGUCUUGACGACCCCGACGGCGGACACACCUGGGACGUUUCUCAGUCUUCACUUCCCCGAGAAACGGUAUAUAUUUGGGCAACUAUCAGAGGGAACACAGCGAGCAUGUGUCCAGCGUGGUACUAGGCUUAGCAGCCACCUCAAUCAGAUCUUCAUCACAGGUCGAACAGAAUGGGCAAACAACGGCGGGUUGAUUGGCGUGAUCUUGACCAUCGCAGAUGCAACAGCAGCCACGACCAAUGCUCUCGAGGAAGCCGCCCGUAAAAAGCAGCAAAUCGCAGCCCAACGCUCGGCCACUGAGGGUCCGUCGUAUAAACCCAGUCCGACUCCUAUGGCUCCCGUCGAGGCCUUGAAGAAGAAUGCUCGUGUGAGCAUCCACGGGGGGACAAAUAUCAUGCACACCAUGGCUACAGCCCGUCGAUUCGUUUUUCGGAAGGGGUUGCCCAUAUAUAUGAAUGAGUAUAGCGCCGAGAGUAUCGCAAAGGGACUCCCUGCGAGCGCUGAAGAUCCCUUCCAGGAACCUACCUGGCACGAUGAGAAUAUCAAGGUCUGGGUUGUCCCCAUCAAGCCAACUGCUUCAAGAGUACCCUCUCCUUCUCGAUCUCAGAGCCCACGGAAGCGGAGCUUAGAUGAGUUCCAGGAGACAGUCGACCCUGGGGCACAGAAAACCCAUGAUGAUCUCUUGAGGCAAUCCAUCGUUCAAGACAUGUUCAACUCGACCUGGAAGAUGGACGCUCUGCAUGAGACCCCGCUCGCGGAUGUGAAAAUGCCCGCAACUCUUUUUGUGCGUAACCCCGAAACUAAGGACCUUGAAAUCUACAAGGGACCGAUACCUGGUGAUGGCCAGCCUCUGCCUGAUAUCACUGUCCUUGUCCGGAAGCCUUGGCCUGGAGCAACCGUGGAGACUCUGCCAACCACCACUCCCUCAAAGGAGUCUUUGUGCUACAUAGUGCGCAACUACGAUGUCCGGGGCAAGUUCGAUGUGAACAAGGCCCGGUCACUCGGAAUUACAACUGGUGCCGAAUUCUCAGCGUUGACGAGUGGGAGGAGCGUCACAAACCCGGAUGGCCAAGAAGUCACCCCAGAUAUGGUCAUUGGUCCUCCUCGUUUGGGUCAAGGAGUCGCGAUCAUGGAGGUGCCGUCUCCCGAAUACGUUGAGGAUAUGGUCAAUCGCCCAGAAUGGAACUCGCCUGCCGUCACUGGCCAGCUAAAGGUCUUUUUCUGGAUUCUCGGCCCAGGCGUUGGCGAACAUCCCAAAUUCCGUGAGUUUGUGGCGCGCAUGUCGGAGUCCCGGCACUUGGUAUCCGGCACGGACUACUGUCCGAACUACUUGGCUCUUGAAAGUUCCGCCCAGGCUUCGAUUCGCUUGAAUCGUCUGAAAGGUGAUAAUUACUCGAUCCCUGUGCACGACAAUGAGACGCUUCCGCAGCGCGGCGUCGCAGGUAGCCCCGAAGCAGGUGCCAUCGAUUUCCAAAAUCUACCGUUCGAGACAAUGAAGCCCGGUCUUAUUGUUCAGAUGGAGCCCACCUUCCAAGUGGACACCAACGAGAUUACGAAGCCUGUCAACACUGCCAUGACUGUUCGCAUCCCGGCCUCGGUCACGCAGCGCCUUGACACCAUCGCGAAGCGCACCAAGAAACCUGAAUUCCAAAAGAAGCUUGCCGACUUCCGCGAUGGUCUGCCUGGAGCAGACGCCGAGGUCAUCGCCCUGGGUACUGGAUCGUCUGCCCCAUCCAAGUAUCGUAAUGUCUCUGCAACCUUGCUUCAUGCUCCUGGCUAUGGCUAUUAUCUUCUCGACUGUGGUGAAAACACUCUCGGUCAGCUGAAGCGGGUCUUCGAGCCCGAACAGCUACGUGAGGUGCUUCAAAACCUGCGUAUGAUCUGGAUCAGCCAUCUGCACGCCGACCACCACCUUGGCACUGUCUCGGUCAUUCGUGCUUGGUACCAUGAAGUCUACGGUCCUAAUGCGACACCGGCAGCUCAGCCUGAGACCGACCUCGCCAAGAUCCUUCAGGAAAAGCGCUUGGCCGUGGUUUCUGAUGAAAUGAUGAUCACUUGGUUAGAGGAAUACUCCAGCGUCGAAAACUUUGGCUUUGACAAGGUGUUGCCUCUCUCCGCUCACCCCGAGGCAGUAGAGAACACCAUCAUCACCCGGUUCAGCUACCGCCAGAAACAAGAUGGCGGUCCACCAUUUGGACCCUUCGGACCCGACAAGAUCAGCCUCAGCUUCCUUCAAGACUCCGACCCUCUUACUCCGCUCCUAAAACAGGCUACCGGUCUCAGUGAUCUUCUCACUACCAAGGUGAAACACUGCCGUGGUGCUCUCGCCCUGUCCCUCGUUUUCCCGGAUGGGUUCAAGGUCUCCUACUCCGGUGAUUGCCGACCCUCUGACAAAUUUGCCUCCAUUGGCGCGGGAUCGACUCUACUCAUCCACGAAGCCACCUUCAGCAACGACAUGCUCGGCUCAGCCAUCGCCAAGCGCCACUCCACCGCCUCGGAAGCUUUGGAAGUUGCCAAACGCAUGAAUGCACGCUCCGUCUUCUUGACGCACUUCAGUCAGCGAUACCAGAAAAUUGCACAGCUCGACCAAAACCCCGUCGCAUACAACAAGUCCCGGUCUCAGAAUGCGGGCGAAGAUGCGGGUCCAGGUGCGGACGCAGAUAUCCCCCUCGAUGAGGAGCCGGAGCCAGAGCCAGCGGAGCAAGCAGCUACUCAAACCGCCCACUCACUGCUGGACGACAUCAACUUCCCCACGCAGGACAGACCCAGUCUAUCCGCUGACGGAUCCCGCAUUCCGUUGAAGAAUGUCCCUGUCGCCGCAGCCAUGGAUUACAUGCACAUUAAGGUCGGCGAUCUCAUCUACGCCCAAGCCUAUGCUCCUGCGCUGGAAAAGAUGGUCGAGGUCAUGGAGCAGAGUACGGCUUCCGAGGCCGAGCGGCAGAAGAAGCACCGUCAGAAGGAAGAGGAAGAGAGGAAGGCGGCGAAGAUGAAAAAGCACUCGAAGGAGCGUGCUGCUGAAGCAUUGGCCACGGCGGCUGCACUGGCGGCUAGUCUCGCUGCCGAUGCUGAGAAGCAGUCUGUAUGGAGUGCCGACGAGAGUGAGGAUGGAUGGGUGACGAGCGACCCGGAGUAA